AUGGUGCUUGGUCGAUUCUGCUUCGAUGAAGAGGCAUUUGCAGUGGAACCCUUCGAUGUAGCGGAGUUCCUGGAGGACUGUCGUGCACGAUGGCCCAUGGGUACAAUUGAUGAAGACCUGAGGCAGUUCCAGAAGGCGCUUGAGAACCAGCUCGUGGCCAUUAUCAACAAAGACUACGCCGAGUUCUUGCAGCUCUCGUCCAAGCUCAAGGGCGUAGAUGAGGCCGUCUCGAGCAUUUGUGCUCCGAUUCAGGCGGUACUUGAGCGCGUAGAAGAAGUGCAGCGAGCUAUGAGCGCCUUAAAGAACAAGAUCCAGACGCAACUACAGACUGCAAAUGAUCUGCAUCAACAGGAGAAGAAUCUGGAGCUGGGUAUUAACGUUCUGGAAAAUUUGCUGCUGUUGGAACACUUACUGGAGAUUGAGACACUGGACGAUAGUAAUGACGACGACAAGCUGGAGCUAGCCUUGGGUGAAGGCGGAUCUAUCAACGUCGAUGAAGAAUCUGAUGAUGAUUUCGAGGACUUUGACCGAGUCAAGAAACGGCUCCAUGAAACCAGUGCUGCGGAAGGUUGCGCGAAAUUAGAGCGCGCAGCGCAGAUAUUUGUGCAGCUGGACCUGGAGAUUAUGAACGGUACACACCUCGCCGAAAUUCAGAAAGAAGAAAAUCGUCUUGCAGUCGUUGAAGAGACGCUGCUUCGUCGCCUUGAAAUGGAACUUGCGACAGAGAUUUUACCCGAUACGUUUUACAACCGCGAUCAUACCAUUAGCAAACUGUCAUUGGGAUAUUUGCUGAGAGCAUACGUGCUGCUAGACAAAAGUCACAUUCCCGAAGAAAUGAUAGGUCGUUUGCUUGUCAAGCCGUUUGCGGAGGAAAAUCUCACGCGAGGAAAAUUAGACGGUAGGGUUCGUGGAUCCUGUGAAGGCCUGCCACAAAUUUUUGGGUCUAUCUUGGAAUUUAUUACCGGCAAGUUUGCGGGCACACUCGCCUUGUCUGUUUGUCAGGGUGAGAUUAAUUGCUCGGUUGACAUACUGGGGAACGCAAUCUGGAAGCCUCUGCAAGACGUGUUGUCGACGAAUUACAGCGUCAUUUUCCAGGCGGCCGACCCCGAUCGUUUCCACAAAAAUUACACGACCAGUAUGCGUUUUUUGGCUGAAAUCGAAGACCGUUUCUGCAACAGCGAAGCAAUGAAGAGUCGCUUUAGGUCCCAUGAAAGUGUUGUAGAGUUUAAGGAAAAGUGGAAUCUCGACGUGUACUUUCAGCUCCGGGCGACGCAACUCGCUUCGAGCCUUGAGAAUUCUUUUGGUGUGAAGCGUGACAAACCAGCCGGAUUAAUUUCAGCAAACGGUGCCACAUCUGCCCCCACCAACGAAUUGGCGCUGGUUUACGAAAACUCGAGAUGUUUGUGGACAGCAGUUCAAGACUGCUGGAGUGACCGUGUCUUCUUAGCACCACUACUCUCCAACUUUUGCAAACUUUGUCUGCAGCUUCUCGCGUAUUAUAUCAGCGUCUGGAAGGAGCCAUUACUGAAUGCAGUCGAGGUGCUGAACAGUAAAUCAAAGGUAGACUUUGGUGCUGUGCCGCUUCAUUUCCUGACCAUGGAGGAAGACUUGUUGUAUGCUGGAAGCGACUUCCACGUGCUUCACAAGAUGAUUUCUCUGGACCUUUGUGCAGUUGUGACGAAUUGCGUAGACGCUUUCACUGACGAUAGUCAAGUCUUCGUUACCACACUUUUCCACGAGCCGCUCACAUCGCUAGCCGAGCUAGAGGCAAGUUGCUGGUCUACUGCUGUAACAACGGUAGCUGCAGAUUGCAAGAAGGUUUUUCCAGCAAUCCGCACGGUAAAAGGCCAGUAUCAGAUGACAAACAAGCCUCCACCUACGACUCCCUCAACAUACGUACCUAACAUUACUCGACCGAUACAAAAGUUUAUUGAGAAGUGGGGUGCUUACUUUGAUAAGGAUAAGCGCCAGGAGCUGCUGCAGGCCAUUGUGGAGGAUCUAGUUGCCGUGUACUCGACUUUGUCGUCGGAGCUGCUGCGAUCAGCAUUGGAACUUGAAGAAUCGCUUAAAAAUCGAAAACUGCAGCGACACUCUGGGACCAGUUCAUCGGUGGCCGCCGUAGCUGACACAGAGAAGAUGCGCAUGCAGCUGCUACUCGACCUCGAAGAGGUUCAGCGAGAGGUCGCGGCGCUCGGGCUUGACGUUCUACUCUGCAGAGAAUUGCAGACAGCUAUCACCCAGCUUAGCAGCUAA